CGGGCGCAAGAUGGCGACGGCGGCCUUAGUUCUCGGGACAGACUCCAUCAAGAUGGAGAACGGGCAGAGCACAGCCACAAAGCUGGGGCUGCCUCCUCUGACGCCCGAGCAGCAGGAGGCCCUCCAGAAGGCCAAGAAGUACGCCAUGGAGCAGAGCAUCAAGAGUGUGCUGGUGAAGCAGACUAUCGCGCACCGGCAGCAGCAGCUUACCAACCUGCAGAUGGCAGCUCAGCGGCAGCAGACACUGGCCGUCAUGUGCCGGGUCUACGUGGGCUCCAUCUCCUAUGAGCUGGGUGAGGACACCAUUCGCCAGGCCUUUGCCCCCUUUGGGCCCAUCAAGAGCAUUGACAUGUCCUGGGACUCCGUCACCAUGAAGCACAAGGGUUUUGCCUUUGUGGAGUACGAGGUCCCAGAGGCUGCGCAGCUGGCCUUGGACCAGAUGAACUCAGUGAUGCUGGGCGGCAGGAACAUCAAGGUGGGCAGGCCCAGCAACAUAGGGCAGGCCCAGCCCAUCAUAGAGCAGCUGGCGGAAGAGGCACGUGCCUUCAACCGAAUCUAUGUGGCUUCUGUGCAUCAGGACCUCUCCGAUGAUGACAUCAAGAGCGUGUUUGAGGCCUUUGGCAAGAUCAAAUCUUGCACGCUGGCCCGGGACCCCACGACAGGCAAGCACAAGGGCCAUGGUUUCAUUGAGUAUGAGAAGGCCCAGUCGUCUCAAGAUGCCGUGUCUUCCAUGAACCUCUUUGACCUGGGUGGCCAGUAUUUGCGGGUGGGCAAGGCUGUCACACCCCCUAUGCCCCUGCUUACACCUGCCACACCUGGAGGCCUCCCGCCAGCUGCUGCUGUUGCUGCAGCUGCAGCCACAGCCAAGAUUACGGCUCAGGAAGCAGUGGCUGGAGCAGCGGUGUUGGGUACCCUGGCCACCCCUGGACUGGUGUCCCCUGCACUGACUCUGGCCCAGCCCUUGGGAGCUUUACCUCAGGCUGUCAUGGCUGCCCAGGCCCCAGGAGUCAUCACAGGUGUGACCCCAGCCCAGCCUCCCAUUCCUGUCACCAUCCCCUCUGUGGGAGUGGUGAACCCCAUCCUUGCCAGCCCUCCAACGCUGGGCCUCCUGGAGCCCAAGAAGGAGGAGGAGAAGGAGGAGCUGUUCCCCGAGUCCGAGCGGCUGGAGAUGCUGAGUGAGCAGGAGCACAUGAACAUCUCUGGCAGCAGCGCCCGCCACAUGGUCAUGCAGAAGCUGCUCCGCAAGCAGGAGUCCACAGUGAUGGUUCUGCGCAACAUGGUGGACCCCAAGGACAUCAAUGACGACCUGGAGGGGGAGGUGACCGAGGAGUGCGGCAAGUUCGGGGCCGUCAACCGCGUCAUCAUCUACCAGGAGAAGCAGGGCGAGGAGGAGGACGCCGAGAUCAUCGUCAAGAUCUUCGUGGAGUUCUCCAUGGCCUCCGAGACUCACAAGGCCAUCCAGGCCCUCAAUGGGCGCUGGUACGCCGGCCGCAAGGUGGUGGCUGAAGUGUACGACCAGGAGCGUUUUGGUAACAGUGACCUCUCCGCGUGACCUUGGCCCCACUCCCUGGACGUGCUCUUGCCCUUGUUUCCCC